AAAAUAAUCGACUAUUUCAUCUAUUUAUGUAAAGUUAAAAUUUGUGAAGUUGGCUUUUAUCUUAUAUGUUCACAGUUACAAAUUGCAAUCAAUGUUAAUAAUCCAGUUAAAUUCCUGAGGUAUAUACUUACACUCGUUCAAAAGGUAUAUCACCGUCAUAAAGGAAGACUAUCUUCUGAACCUUUUAAUUAAAAUAGACUAUGGAAGAUAUGACGCAAUGUAUUAUGUUUUGAACGUAUUAAAAAAAAAGAUAUCUUAAUCAAGUUUAUUUAGAUGAAAUCAAUUAGAACAUGCCAAUUAAAACAAAGACAAUUGUGAAAAAUAAAAUUAAAGUGGUGUCGAAGAUGGGUUGUGCUAUGUCUGCAGAAGAGAGAGCUGCGUUAGCUCGUAGCAAACAAAUUGAAAAAAAUUUAAAAGAAGAUGGGAUCCAAGCAGCAAAAGAUAUUAAGCUACUUUUAUUAGGUGCUGGAGAAUCUGGAAAAAGUACGAUUGUUAAACAAAUGAAAAUCAUUCAUGAAAGUGGCUUUACACCAGAAGAUUUUAAACAGUAUAGACCUGUUGUAUACAGUAAUACCAUACAAUCUUUAGUUGCUAUUUUAAAAGCGAUGCCUAGUUUAGGCAUCAUUUUUGCUGCUAAUGAGAGAGAAACAGAUGCCAAAAUGGUAUUCGAUGUUAUUCAGAGAAUGGAAGACACAGAACCAUUUAGCGAAGAAUUAUUAUCAGCAAUGAAAAGACUUUGGUCAGAUACAGGAGUACAAGACUGUUUUGGAAGAAGCAAUGAGUAUCAAUUGAAUGAUUCUGCAAAAUAUUUCCUUGAUGAUCUUGAUCGGUUAGGAGCAAAAGAAUAUCAACCAACUGAACAAGAUAUACUUCGGACGCGGGUAAAAACAACGGGUAUCGUUGAAGUACAUUUUUCAUUUAAGAAUCUAAAUUUUAAAUUAUUUGAUGUUGGUGGGCAGAGAAGUGAACGUAAAAAGUGGAUUCAUUGUUUUGAAGACGUCACGGCAAUAAUAUUUUGUGUUGCAAUGUCAGAAUACGAUCAAGUUUUACACGAAGAUGAGACUACGAAUCGCAUGCAAGAAAGUCUGAAGUUAUUUGAUUCCAUUUGUAACAAUAAAUGGUUUACGGAUACAUCAAUAAUACUUUUUUUAAAUAAAAAAGAUUUAUUUGAAGAAAAAAUAAGAAAAUCACCACUAACAAUCUGUUUUGCAGAAUAUGCAGGUGCACAAGAAUAUGGUGAAGCAGCAGCAUAUAUCCAAGCCCAAUUUGAAGCAAAAAAUAAAUCAACUACGAAAGAAAUAUACUGCCAUAUGACAUGUGCUACAGAUACAAACAACAUACAAUUCGUAUUUGAUGCAGUAACUGACGUGAUAAUUGCUAAUAAUCUACGUGGUUGCGGGCUUUAUUAAAUUUAAUACAUUAAAUAUACUAAAGAAAAUAAAGUGAUUAUAACGUCCUAAAUAAUUACGUCUACUUUUCAACAAAAUUUCGACUAUUUUGUUUCAUAUUAUAAGAUGUAU